CGUUGCGGUUCCGAUUUCAGUUUGGCAGUUAACGGUUCGCUUCAUAAUGUUCACGAAAAUUGCCGUUGUCGCAUCCUGCCUGUUGGCUGUGGUCAGUGCUGAGCCGCACGUCCAUGGUCAUGUCGUUCCAGCGUUUGUCACUGCACACAGUUCUCAGGUGUUUGCGCGGACCUUCAACGGCAUAGUGCCGAUAGCAGUGCCCGCUCCCGUACCGGCACCGUUUGCCGCCGUCUACCCAUCGCUGUACGUUUCACCACCGGUGCCGGCAGUGUUCAGCUAUCCGGUGUAUGCUUCGGCCCCUGCCGUGCCAGCGACUCCGGUGGCUGUGGCAACGCCGGCAGUCGUGGCCGCUGCCCCGGCUGAAAAAGUUGUCAUUGCUGCUCCAGUGGCUAAAGCGAAACUGGUGCGGAAAUCCGCACCUUAUUUGACGACUAUUCGUUAUCGCUCGGUUUAUGCGUAAACUGGAUCGGUUUACACUUAUCUUGAUGUGAUUAUUCCCUAGUUGCUAAGCGUUUGAAAUAAGUUAGUGAUAUAGUGAGUAUUAUUCAGUGCUAGUCGUUAAUCAACAAAUCUUAAGUCUAUCGGCUAUUAAUAAAUGGUGGGAAACCUCACCGA